AUGAAGUCUGCUUGGUUCGCACUGGUGCUGGCCGUGCUGGGUGCCGAGCUGCUCACCAGCCACUGCUCCACCAUCAAGUCCCCAAGGUUCAGAGGACGUGUGCAGCAGGAGAGGAAAAACAUCAGACCAAACAUCAUCCUGGUGCUGACAGACGACCAGGAUGUGGAGCUGGGGUCCCUGCAGGUGAUGAACAAGACCAGGCGGCUGAUGGAGGGCGGAGGAGCCUCCUUCGUCAAUGCCUUCGUGACGACGCCCAUGUGCUGCCCCUCGCGCUCCUCCAUGCUGACCGGCAAGUACGUGCACAACCACAACACCUACACCAACAACGAGAACUGCUCCUCCCCGUCCUGGCAGGCCGCCCACGAGCCGCGCACCUUCGCCGUCUACCUCAACAACACCGGCUACAGGACCGCUUUCUUUGGGAAAUACCUCAAUGAGUACAACGGCAGCUACAUCCCCCCCGGGUGGAGGGAGUGGGUGGGGCUGGUGAAGAACUCUCGCUUCUACAACUACACCAUUUCCCGCAACGGCCACAAGGAGAAGCACGGCUUCGACUAUGCCAAGGACUACUUCACAGACUUAAUCACUAAUGAGAGCAUUAAUUACUUCAGGAUGUCUAAGAAGAUAUACCCCCACAGACCCAUCAUGAUGGUCAUCAGCCACGCUGCGCCCCACGGCCCUGAGGACUCAGCCCCACAGUUCUCCCAGCUCUACCCCAAUGCUUCCCAGCACAUCACUCCCAGCUAUAACUAUGCCCCCAACAUGGACAAGCACUGGAUCAUGCAGUACACGGGGCCCAUGCUGCCCAUCCACAUGGAGUUCACAAACGUCCUGCAGCGCAAGCGGCUCCAGACUCUGAUGUCUGUGGAUGACUCCAUGGAGAGGUUACACCAGAUGCUUGCAGAGAUGGGAGAGCUGGACAACACCUACAUCAUUUACACUGCUGACCAUGGCUACCACAUCGGGCAGUUCGGGCUGGUCAAGGGCAAGUCCAUGCCCUAUGACUUCGAUAUUCGAGUGCCCUUCUUCAUCCGUGGCCCCAGCGUGGAGCCAGGAUCAGUAGUGCCUCAGAUAGUUCUCAACAUUGACCUUGCUCCAACAAUUCUGGAUAUAGCAGGGCUUGACACACCCCCAGAUAUGGAUGGCAAAUCUGUCCUGAAGCUUCUGGACUUGGAGAGACCAGGGAACAGGUUCCGCACAAACAAGAAGCCCAAAGUCUGGCGCGACACAUUUCUGGUGGAGAGAGGCAAGCUCUUACGCAAGAAGGAGGAGGGCAGCAAAAGCACUCAGCAGUCCAACCAGCUGCCAAAAUACGAGAGGGUGAAAGAGCUGUGCCAACAAGCCAGGUACCAGACAGCCUGUGAGCAACCAGGACAGAAGUGGCAGUGCACAGAGGAUGCUUCUGGAAAGCUUCGAAUCCACAAGUGCAAGGUGCCAGGGGACGUCCUGGCCAUCAGGAAGAGGACCCGCAGCGUCCACUCGCGGGGCUACAGCAGCAAGGACAAGGACUGCAGCUGUGGGGACAGCGAUUACCGCAGUAGCAGGGCCCAGAGGAAGAGCCAAAGACAGUUCCUGAAGAAUCCCAGUGCUCAGAGGUACAAGCCUCGCUUCGUGCACACACGCCAGACCCGCUCGCUGUCAGUGGAGUUCGAGGGGCAGAUCUACGACAUCAGCCUGGAGGAGGAAGAACUGCAGGUGCUGAGGGCCAGGAGCAUCACCAAGCGUCACAGUGCGGCCAGGGAUGGAGCAGAGGAAGCUGGGGGUGCUGCGGGUGACAGGAUGGUGGCUGAUGGCACCGAGGCUGUAGGUCACCCCAGCUCCGUCCGCGUGACACACAAAUGUUUUAUCCUUCCCAACGACACCAUCCACUGUGAGAGGGAGCUGUACCAGUCUGCCAGAGCCUGGAAGGACCACAAGGCUUACAUCGACAAGGAGAUUGAAGCUCUCCAGGACAAAAUUAAGAACCUGAGGGAGGUUAGAGGACACCUCAAAAGGAGAAAACCAGACGAAUGUGAUUGCAGCAAGCAGAGCUACUACAACAAGGAGAAAGGUGUAAAGGCCCAAGAGAAGCUCAAGAGCCAUCUUCAUCCUUUCAAGGAAGCAGCACAGGAGGUGGAUGGCAAAGUGCAGCUGUUCAAGGAGAACCGCAGAAGGAAGAAGGAGAGGAAGGGGAAGAAGCGGCAGAAGAAGGGCGACGAGUGCAGCCUGCCUGGGCUGACCUGCUUCACCCACGACAACAACCACUGGCAGACAGCCCCCUUCUGGAACUUGGGCUCCUUCUGUGCCUGCACAAGCUCCAACAACAACACUUACUGGUGCCUGAGGACAGUCAACGACACCCACAACUUCCUUUUCUGUGAGUUUGCCACAGGCUUCUUGGAGUAUUUUGACAUGAACACUGAUCCCUAUCAGCUGACCAACACGGUGCACACGGUGGAGCGUGGCAUCCUGAACCAGCUGCACCUGCAGCUGAUGGAGCUGAGGAGCUGCCAGGGUUACAAGCAGUGCAACCCCAGGCCCAAGGGACUGGAAACAGAGGACAGUUAUGGGACGGAUGGGAAGGUUAAGCUUCCCGGAGCCACCGGCAACAGGAACUGGCACGGCCUGGAGGCGUUGUACAGUGUGAACCGGAGCGGCCCCGGGCACAGCCCCGGGCACGGGCACAGGCCUAGCCUGGCUGCCUGGACUCAUGACCUGAAGGAUGUAGAUAGGAUGUUUGCACUGCUGCAUGGUGACGACCAGAGAACCACCGCAGGAGAGGCCUCCUGGGAGAUGACUUCUGCUGAGGGCCCAAGCGGGCAGCCCGCGGGGGAGCCUGGGAUGCCAGCUGGACCCAUGGGGCUGGCCUCCAGUGGGGGCACCUCCAGCCAGAGCAGGAAACUGGAACUGCACAACAAUAGUGCUGAGAGCUAUGGCAUGGGAGCUGUGCUCUGGAGGGACAAUCCCCACACUGGGACAGGGGCAGGGGAGCUGGACUGGGAACGCUUGCAGCUGGACUUCAGCGGGAACGGGCUGCUGGAGCUGGAGUCCCGGCACAGCUUCAUGCUGCAACCCAUCAGUGUUCCUCAGGACAGUGACACCUGGGGGGAUGUAUUUGAAGACCAAAUGUAUCUUCCUGUGAAGUCUGAUGAAGCCCUUGUUCACCAGGCUGUGAACACUUCCAUGAGGGAUCCAUCCCUCAGCACCCAGAAACCAGGAACCUUCUUGGCAGACAGAGAGCACAGUCCUGCAGGGGAAGCUUCCCAGAUCUCACCUGCAGAAGGCAGCGCCUUGGCUCCGCUCUCCUUGGACUAG